AUGACAGACAAACAGGGCAACCCAGACCAGAUGCCUGCAGAGAAGGGCCAAGGAGGGGCCGAAGCCACAUAUAAGUUGGCAGUUUUUGAGUUCGAGAACUUUCGCGGAAAGAAGGUGGAGUUGUCUGGUGAAUGUAAAGAUGUGUUGGAGAUAACGCACAGAAUUGGCUCGGUUAUUGUGGAGUCGGGACCAUGGGUGGGGUUUGAGCGUCCAGGUUUUUCAGGGGAGCAGUUUGUGCUGGAGAAAGGAGAAUAUCCUCGCUGGAGCACCUGGACCAACUGCCUGAGUAGCUACAGCCUGAGCUCAUUCAGGCCUCUGAAAGUGGACAGUGCAGAUCAUAAGCUGCAUCUGUUUGAGAAUGCAGGCUUUGAAAGUAGAAAGAUGGAGAUUGUUGAUGAUGACGUCCCCAGUCUGUGGGCUCAUGGUUUCCAAGACCGUGUGGCCAGUGCCAAGGCUAUCAAUGGAACGUGGGUGGGAUACAUGUAUCCCGGCUACAGAGGACGCCAGUAUGUGUUUGAACAGGGAGAUUUCAAGCACUGGAACGAUUGGGGAGCGACUGCACCUCAGAUCCAGUCCGUCCGACGUGUGCGGGACAUGCAGUGGCACAAGAGUGGAUGCUAUAUUGCCCCUGCCCCUGCCCCUCCCAAUCCGACUCCCAACCCUAACCCAAAUCCCAACCCCACUCCCAAUCCCAAUCCCAAUCCAAACCCCACUCCCAAUCCUAACCUUGCUCCCAACCCCAAAUCCCAAACUCAACCCUAA